AUGGAAACCGUGCUUCCGGAGAAAGCAGAACAAAAGAGAAAGCAGAUAAAAGAUAUGAUCGCGAAAGAUGCUGUGGCCCACGAAGGGGAUAACAAGCAGUAUAAUACUUACGAGAUCAACUUCGCAUUGAAGGAAAUGCUAAUAGAAAUGGGGUUCCCGAAUAUGGACUGGACUAUGUGGCUUUUCACAAAACCAAGGAUAAUUAUUAACAAUUCUCGGAAAAUGGAUGUUGUUCCUAUAUACAUCCUAUCUGGAGAACAAGCUAUUGCCCCGGAUUGUAUAUUGAAAGAAGGGUAUUCCGUGAAUUUUACGAAUCAACCGGUGCUCCAACCCAAGGUCGUUGUUGUUUUUAUAUUUCCCUUCGAUAAACAGUCGACAAGCCCCGCUCAAUCACUUGAUGCUCCCAGGGUACAACAUUAG